UUUCGCUCAGUCGUGUUUUGAACGUCGCAGUGUCAGGACGCUGUCGCGCGCUCUCUGUUUCCCGCGAAAAUUUUACGUACGAUUUAAAAUCGCAAUAUUCUAAGAAAAGACGUUGAUAUCGCGUUCUGCUAUUGUUAAUGUUCAGUUGAUGUGUGGCGUUGAUUAAUUUGUUUGAAAUUGUACUGUGGUUUUAGAAUUGUGUGCUUCUAGCAACAGGAGCGGCUGAACGGAUUAAUUUCUUUUUCGUGUUACAUCUAUUUAAAAGUAAGUCGAGAGCAACCCGAUCUACUGGACGGCGACGUGUUUAUGCGAGAUCCGACCAGCAGCUGCUUCCUCGCGGGUCGCGUUUAUGCUAAUAUUGUACAAGUGACGUGUUCCACCACAUGUUAUCAGAGUCAAUUUAACAGUGAUCAGUGCUAGUGUUCAUGUGGGGUGAUAGCAGCUGAUCGCACUGGCUUGGUACGGGCCAGGGGGGGGCGCGAUGCAGGCGGGAGGCGGUUGGUUCCUGCCAUGGACCAUGGGCCUGCAGAAGUUUGCAGUCGCCCUGCCCAUGGGAGGGGUGGUACCACUAGUACCGCCUCUUUUGGCAGCAUUGCCACCAGCUCCGCCCCCGUUGAGGCUCAUCGCGCCUCCUCAGUUGCCUCAUCAGCAGCCUGGCAGAAAGGGAGAAAAAGACAGCGGGAAGAACUGCAUUCUAUCCUGCGAGAAGAGGAAAGCAGACGAUACUGACAUUAAUAAAGACUUGAAAAAGGCAAAGUUAGAAACAAAAGCUUUGAAAGCGAAAAGGCCGGGGUUCACAGAUGACCGGUACAACGAAACGUCUUAUUAUAUUGAAAAUGGCCUCAGGAAAGUGUACCCGUACUACUUCACGUUUACAACGUUCACCAAAGGAAGGUGGGUCGGUGAGAAAAUUCUCGACGUGUUUGCGCGGGAAUUCAGGGCCCACCCGGCAGCUGAGUACGAGCGGUGCAUCCGAGCGGGGACCCUCACCGUCAACUACGAGAGAGUGGACCCUGACUACAGAUUGAAGCACAAUGACCUCCUAGCAAACGUUGUUCAUAGGCACGAAGUACCGGUCACCAGCCAACCGAUCACCCUCGUUCAUAUCGACGAGGACAUUGUGGUUGUCAACAAACCGGCCUCUAUCCCCGUGCAUCCAUGUGGACGGUACAGGCACAACACAGUCGUUUUUAUUCUCGCAAAAGAGUACAACUUGAAAAACUUGAGGACCAUUCACAGACUCGACAGGUUGACGUCAGGUCUCCUACUAUUCGGGAGGAGUCCAAAGAAGGCGAGACAGAUGGAACACCAGAUCAGGAACAGACAAGUGCAGAAGGAAUAUGUCUGCAGAGUGGAUGGAGAGUUUCCUGAUGAAGAAAUCGAAUGCCAAGAGCCAAUAGAAGUGGUGAGCUACAAGAUCGGAGUAUGCAAGGUAUCAGCCAAGGGCAAGGACUGCUCGACAGUGUUCAAGAGGCUAGGCUACAACACAGCCAGCAACACCAGCGUGGUGCUCUGUAAACCGAAGACAGGAAGGAUGCACCAGAUCAGAGUGCACUUGCAGUAUUUGGGUUACCCAGUAGUCAACGAUCCUCUCUACAACCACCCCGUAUUUGGACCCCUUCGAGGAAAGGGGGGUGACACGGGUGGCAAGUCUGAUGAGCAGCUGGUCAGAGACCUGAUCGCCAUCCACAAUGCUGAGAACUGGCUCGGAGUAGACGCUGCUGAUGAUGAUCUGCUGUUCUCUAAACCAGUGUCUGAUGAUAAAGUUGGUGAGGAUGACUGCGACACUGGACCAGCCUCCAGGGAAUCGUCUCCAAGGCUCGAGUCUCCCGCUCCAGGAGUCACACCAUCCUCCAUCAUGACCCCAACGCUGCCCAGCCCGUCAAGUGGUGCUGAAGCUCCAUCGGAGGUGAACUCACCGGUGUGCACCCUGGCUCCAUCACCGGUCGCCUCUCCAUCCUUCAAUGAAGACUCUAAUGAUGCCAAGUCAGACAAGGUGACGGUGGCGACGCAAACAGGCUGCACUCCGGCGGCCUCAAGCCAGGCGGCUGGCCUGGCUAGCAGCUCGGCGAGUGGUUCCACCGACGCACUGUCCUCCGACCCUCACUGCUACGAGUGCCGCGUGAGGUACAGGGACCCCAGGCCCCGCGACCUCGUCAUGUAUCUACAUGCGUGGAAGUACAAGGGACCCGGCUGGGAGUACGAAACUGAGUUGCCACAAUGGGCGAGCAUCGACUGGGAGGAACCAGAAAGUUCAUAGUUACAGGAAUUGACACCACUGUGGAAGCGCCUCGCAUCAUCACUGUCUAUCAAGAAUUAUUAAAAUAGAUUGUUUCAUUAAAAUUGUACACUAUUGUUUUGUCAAUAAUUUGUUUAUUUUUAAAUAUUUUGUGGCCUAGUUAAAAGUAAAUACUGUAUUUCAUUGUAUUAUUUUUUCUUUUUGUACAAUUGCAUAUAAAAAUAUUAGUAGCGUAAAAAUCUUGGUAUGAAAAGUGAUCAAGUACCAAAUAGCGAGGCGCUAAAUUACUUGGCUGUUACUUUUACAGUGCUCUACGGUAAGUUUUGUAAUUUAACAUAAGUGAGAGUUAGUAUAAGAAUAAAGUUAUUUUAUCAACGUUGAAAAUCGCAGUUCAGUAAACAACAUUGAAUUAAAUUUUAGUCAACUUUAGAGCACAUUUCGAUUUUUCUCCUUAAAUGACAUUUUUUAUUUUUAUUCUUUCUUAGAUUUAUUUCAUUUUGUCACUUUAGUUCCUAUCGGCCUAAUUCGGUCAAGCUUUUAGUGACGUAGUUAUUGUAAGGGAAAUGUAACAAUUUGUAAUAUGUACCAUUAAAAUAGUUAUAUUGCUUAAACGAGGCAGGGUCAGAACCACAAUCAUAAAUGAAUUAUAUUAAAAUGAUAAUCAUUUUUAAUAAAAAAAAGAAACAAUGGGAUAGCUCUUCUAAUCUUACGACGGAAUUGGAAUUUGGCUCUUUUUUGAAUAGCCCGCCAAAUGUCAGUCGACGAAAUGACAGCGUCAUUUUUUAAAUUGUUAAAAUUCGAAUGUGACUAUCGAAUAAUCGUUUAGUCGAUUUUAAAACGUUUGAGAGUGAAACAAUUUCAUUUCAACUAAAUAUGAAUAUUGGACCACUGCGAUAUUUUCUUAUUAUCUUGAAAAAAAUAUAUUAAUAGGACCACUGUUUAAUAGAAAAGCUAUCUCUGUAAUAUUAGAUGCGUACGUUUUACAAUAAAUGCAUAGGUAAAUUAUUGAUAAAAUAAACAAUAAAAAAAUUAUAAUGUCGCAUUUUUGUAGAUGGUGUUUCUAGCAAAACCAUCAAUUUUGGCUUCCAUAGUUUUGAAGUAGUGAUUUAAAUAUUUGAUGAAAAAAAAAAAUAUAAUACUUACCGUAAAAUUUUGUACUUUACAUACAUCAGGAUAAUAUAAAAUUUUGAAUAUUCAUUACUGACGAUAGAGGGCAGUUGUGAUAUGCAUUUAAUGUAUCUUAUGUUAUAAUAACAUCGAUUAAAAGACAGCUUUCGUAACGGUUUUUUUAAACAUGACCAUAGAUUAAAGACAAUAUUGUAUUCCGCAAGUCAGUUCAAAGCAGCAGAUUCGAAAGACAUGUAAAAAAAUCGUUUGUUCUUUUUUCUUUUUAAGUUUUUCAUGUGUGUAGGGUUAAGUAAGAGGCGUACAAUACCCUUAGUAUAAGUUUGCUUUAAGUUUAGAGUAAUCGAAACGUGAGCGAGUUCGGCGGUCUGAUUGGUUAGUUCAUUUGCACCGGCCAAUCAGAGCGCCGAACGCGCUUUCGUUUCGAUCUCGUUAAACGUAAAUCAAACUCAUACUAAGGGUACAGUUUUGUUUUUUUUUAAACUGACAUGGUCACUAACACUAUCAUUAGAACUUAAGACGGGAUAUUUACCAUGUUUAUUUAUGUCUAUGAGUUUCCGAUAUUUCGGCACUGUUGCAAGCGCCAUGAUCACGGAUGAACUGACAUAAAUAAACAUGGUAGAUAUUCCGUCUUAAGUUCUAAUGGCAGUUUUGUUUUUAGUCAAAUUUUGAAAGAAAAGGUUUCUAUUCCUUUUUGUAUGUAUCCUUGCCAGAUCCAGUUUUUAUAUUUCUGUUUUAUUUAUAAAAUUGGAUUGUUUGAAAUUUUCUUAAAAAACGCGGGAACGUGUAUAAUCGUUUGUAUAUCUAUUAGUGUAUUGUAGUUUUAAAAAUGUAAAAGACAUUUUCUUGUGACUCUGUGGUUUUUAUGUGCGAUACUUUUUUAAUGUUGAAAAAAAUAAGUCAUGAAUAGCUAAGCUUAAAAAUCGAUUAAUCGGUUAAAAAACCUGUAAAAAUCGGUUCAAAUCGAUUAAUCGGUUAAAAAAUCUGUAAAAAUCGGUUCAAAUCGAUUAAUCGGUUAAAAAUCCUUAAAAAUCGGUUUUGUUGAUCAUCUUAUUUUAUAAAUAGUUGAAUAAAAGGUAUCGCAUGUAAAAUCGACUAUAAUUAUUAUAUUACUCUCACGAGCUUUUGUAAUAUUAGUUUGAUAUAUAAAAAAAUAUAUAUUUUUCUUAUUCUAACGUAGUGGUAGCGAGCGAUAUACAUUGUUUUUGUUAUUAUUGUGAAAUUGAUUAUGAUUCUGGAAUAAAAUUCGUUUCAUCUUUAAUACGAGUAACAAAAUUAUUAUUAUAACCCUCUUUUUUCGAAAUUCUCUCCGAUUUUCUGUUAAAUGUUAAAUGAAGCAAGUAUCUUUAUAAAUUGGGAAAAAUACUUAUUUUUUCUGUUAUACGGACCUUAUUCCAUGUCAUAACAAUUUCUCUGUUAUUGCUAUCGGCUAUACAUGUACAUACGCUGAUUGUUAUAGCUAAUCAUUCAAGCUAAAUCAUGCUGGCCAAUCAUAAUCUGUUUUGGGAACAAAACCAUUGAUUAAAUUAAGAAACGAAAUGUUUUUGAGUAUAAAAGGAAAAGUAUAUUAAAAAAAAAGUCAUACAAAAUACCUCUGUUUUAGUUCAAUAAUCCAAAUAUUUGUGUUUUAAUUUUUUUUAUAUAUUAUAAUAUAGAACAUUGUAAAAUACUGUAGUGUUUACAAAAUAAGAUAUUGUCUGUGGCAUAUCACCUAGGUACCACUCGAAAGUUGUUUAAUCUGUUGAUUAUAUUAAAAAAAUACUAAAAUUUUUGACUUUGGUAACUAUCAGACGAUCUCGAGACUACGGUUUGAGAUUAGACAGUGACACUAAAUAAGAUUAAUCUCAAUUUAAUCAACAGAUCAAACAAUUUUCAUCCAGAAAUAUAUUGUUGUAUUUUUAUAUAGUAUGUAAGACCCGUUCAUAUAUAAAUACAUUAUAAUAUGUACUACUGUUACACGUAAAGUGAAUUACAGAACGAUAAUUGAGCUUGAAGAAAGGCUGGCGAUGUAUUUGCGAUUUUUAAUUUCAAUUUUACGACACACUUGCGACUUUCUAAUCGCAACCACACGAAAAAAAAGUAACAAAGAAAAUUACCUUCGCUUUUUAGUGAAAACAAGAAUAAGUUGAAAAGAAACAUUUUAAAUUAUUUUCAUCGCGCUGUCGAUUAAUUUAUUUAUAAGAAAAAUUUUCAUGUGCCUUCUCAAAAUAAUGGUAAAAAAAGGUAAAGAUAAAAUUGUAAAAUGUUUUUAAUUACAGUUACAUAAUAAUUGUUACACUUUUUAACAUAAGUAGUGUUACAUUUGGCACUGUCGAGCUUUUUAUUGUUAAAUGUAGGUAGAGGACUGCGCGGGACAAGUGUCACACAGAAAAUAGAGAAUUGGAAUAAAUAGAAACAUUUGUAAAACAAAAAAAAAUAUUACACAUUAAAUAAAUCGAUUUAUUGGGCUAUUUGUGGCCUUUACUGAAAUUUUAAUGGCCUAUUAACGUGAUAUUUAAUAAUAAAAAAUUAAAGACCGAACAUAUAAAAAAGUAGUUGUUUUAGAACCUAAAAAAACGUGUCCUCUACUCUCAUUGAAAAAAAAUGCUCGUUUUUGGCACAAUUUUGCAAAAAAAACAACGUUGACGUUUGUGAUUAUAUUUUGCAUAAUUUUAAGUUUAUUUUUUGUAACGAUUUUUUUUCGUUUUUUCGAUUUUUUCGUAUUUUUUUCGUAUUUUUUCGUAAUUACCUAGUAUUGUCAUUGUGGUCGUGUCAAUCGUGCCAUAAUAUUGAAGCUUGCGUUUAAUUUUGUUGGCACAAGAUGUGUUGUAUUAUUUGAACGAUGACAAAAUGAAAGACAAUUUGUUAAUUUAAUAAGUAUUUCGUAAUUAAGAAUAUAAUAGCGUUUCCUUCUUUAGAUUCGUGUUAUAAGAAUUCAUGUUUCCACUUAAAUUUAAUUAGAAUAAAAAUCAUCAUUGAA